UGAUGUGAAUGCUACGUGGUUACAUUUCACCAUGUUUUUUCCUGUUUUUCCAGUUCAUUCUCUAUACCACUAUAGUAACCACUUACUAGUAAAUUAGCUGUUUAUUUAGAUCAUCCCAGGAGCUACUUUUUGUUGCCGUGCCUUCAGUCUUAAUAUAAGAUUAUCCUUAAUACUUGUGUCUGAAAAGUACUUUGUGUUCAUGGUCUAACUUCUCAGGAUCAAGCAUGUUGGGCACAUUUUUUUUUGGGUAUAUCAGGAAUGCAUGAUUGUUUAUCACGGUGCGCUAAGAAUAGAUUGAUCAUCUGUCAACUUCCACCAAAAAAAAAGUUUGACCAACAGCCAACACCGCCUUUCAAUUCCGCAACACUUCUUCAAAUGUCUUGGACUAUUGUUAGUGAUCAGUUAUCCUGGGCACUAAAUAUAGUUGAACACUUUGCGCAUGAGAAUAACCACAAAUUAGACCCACAUGCGAGGAACCAAGGAGUAUAAUCUCCAAAGUUAGCAUUAUGACGUGGCACAUCUAUUCACAUCUCUGACCUUUUCCUCUGGCUUGGCGUUGGAGCCUCCCAACCUUCUGCCCCUCCCAAAUCAGGUUCAGGCGUUGCAUUUUAAAGCCUUCCGUCGCUUCUUGUGCUCACCCUCUCUUUGGCUUUCAUCUGCUCCUAAUUGGUUGCAGAUUGAGAGUCGAAGACGAGUUAUCUUGUUAGCAUUAGAAGGCUUGCACCAGACUACUCUUAUUCGCAACUGAGUGGCACAUUUUGCUUGGUAUCACCACCAAGAAUAUCAAGAUGACAUUCUCUGGUACACAGGACAAGUGCAAGGCUUGUGACAAGACCGUUCAUUUCAUCGAUCUCCUCACCGCGGAUAGCAUUCCCUACCACAAGUCUUGCUUCAAAUGCAGCCAUUGCAAAGGCACUCUUUCGAUGUGCAACUACUCCUCCAUGGAUGGAGUUCUUUACUGCAAGACUCAUUUUGAGCAGCUUUUCAAGGAAACAGGGACCUUCAACAAGAACUUCCCCACUGGUGCGAAGGCAAACGGUUACCAGUCUAAGGUCCCAAACAAGCUAUCCUCUGUGUUCUGUGGAACUCAGGACAAGUGUGCUGCCUGCAAGAAGACUGCGUACCCAUUGGAGAAGAUGACUUUGGAGGGCGAGCCAUACCACAAGACCUGCUUCAAGUGCGCUCACGGUGGCUGUCUCUUGACGACCGCCACGUACGCAUCCCUCAAUGGGAUCCUCUACUGCCAGCACCACUUCUGGCAGCUCUUCAAGGAGACGGGCAGCUACGACAACUUGCUCAAGCCUGCCUCGGCGAAAAACCACGAUGAGCAGGAGGCAACCAAGGAAGAAGAGUCACCGGAGGAGCCGGCGCCAGAAGCCGUAGAGCACCAGGAGCACUGUUAACGACCUGCACGUGGACAUUGCAAGAACUUACAUGUUCCCCGCUUCCUGCCCAUCUCCUUUUGAUCUCCCCGAGACACGUGGUGCUGGUUCUUAAUUACAUCUCCUCGUCUUGGCUAUUGCAAUCCUGGAUUAUGUAUGUCACGACCUACGUCAAAUGUCCCAUGAAUGAGAGCAGAAUCUGCACGAGUUUGUUCUACCCUGACCCUGGUGUUCAUGCUACCUACCCAUAAUGGUUUGGCUAUUGUUCU